AAAACUCGGUCCAAAGAAAGACGUCGUCGUCGUCGUUGUGGUCGUUCGUAGUUCGUAGAGCAUAGCAAUUUAUCUAUUUCAAUAUUCAAUUCAGAAGUACAGAAGUUAUUCGGGAAGAGCGUGUGGAACGUGUAAGGUACUCUUGGUCUUCGUCUUGAAGUUAAUCGCGAGCGUUUUCGUCAGUCUUGUUGGUACUAUAUUGUUCGUCGUCGCUAGUUUCUUAAAUAAAUUUAUAAUUUUGUCUUUAUUGUGUUUUUUUUUAUAAACUUUUAAUAUCUAUAAAACAAAUGUAUAUAAAUAAAUAAUAUUUUGGGGCGCUCCCUAAACUAUUAAUAAUAAUUAUAUCCACAUUAGUUUAUACCUAUACUGUGGUGUGACGAAAAUAAAAAUACGUAAAAAAAUAGGCAACAAUUUUUCUAUUUCUAUACCUACUCUCGUCGUCUUUUCCUAGCGCACCAGCAGCAGCAGCAGGCAGCUAGAAGAGCAUCGUGUGUGCAAAUAUUUUAAGGAAAAACCUAAGAAAAAAGUAUUCAUUGGAAGAGGCAUUAUACAUAGAUAAAAGUGUGUUGGAGAAAUUUUCAAUCGGGAAAACGAGAUCUAUUUUUUUAAAUACAAAAUUUCUGUGCAUUGAAGGUAGUACACGGUUCUGAUUUUAAUUUUUGUUUUCGUUUGUUUAACUCUUAAAUUGGAUCUACCUACGACAAUUAUAUUAAAAGUGUUUUCUUAUUUCAAUUUGGAAAACAAAAUCAAUUGCUUUUCCUUCUAAUAACUCGGCGACGUAAUUAUUUUCUUUCCUUUCGCUAAAGCUGAAGCAUAUUGUGUUCGGUGCGUUGCGUUUAUGUCGAUAGCGACACCAAAGCCAAAAAGUUCAAUUCUCGGUUAAGUAUUGUAUUGGCCGACAAACUCAUUUGCCUCACAAGCCAACAACAUACCUACAAAACGGCAGCAAUAGUAAGAGUAACAUAAUCUACAACAGCAGCAGAAAUACCAAAUAACCAAAUAAAAAAUAAAAAGAGCCCUAGAGCAAGAGCCAGCGCCCGAGCUAGUAACAGUUGCAGCAAAAGCAAAAUACACUACCAGACCAGUCUCAUUUGAAAGACAUUUGUUUGGUGGUGCUGGUGCGUUUUUCUAGUUGGUUUUUCAUUACGGAAUAAGGUAAGGACUUACAAACCAAAACUAAAUUAUAACAUUUAAUAAAAAUACUCAAAGAAGAUUGCUUUAUUGUUCUUUUGUUUUUAUUAUGAAGAAAGUAAACUGACGAGACACAAAACAAAAAUCAUCAUAGCAAACCUACCUACACCUUAUCUUAUAAUUUAUAAAAAACGAAGCGCUAGAUAAAACCCUUUAACGUUUCAUACAUCAGCGAGCGUGAUACGAGUAUUAUAUUUAAAGUGAAGUGGAUUGGCGGUGUAGAAGAAAAGAAAGUUAUGAUCUAUUAAAUAUGAGACAUCAGAAAUCUACGCAAAAUGCCAAGUGAAUGGGAGAACAAUUCAACAUCAUCAUCUGCAAAGGUAUCAUCAUCAUCCGGAUCGUCGUUGUCGGCAUCAUCGUCGACAGCAACAUCACCGGAACCAAGUUCAAAUGGAAAUAAUAUUAAUAACGACUCUGCCAAAAAUGGCCAUGCAAAGGAUUGCGCAUUAAAAGCUUCCACAAUGUCACAUGAUCCCACACCAUACGUAGCUCGGGCUCGUGUUACACGACCAACGCCACCAAAACCUUCUUGCAAUCCGAUGCAAUUUGUACAAAUAAAACCGUGCAAUUUAUAUCAAAGUGCACAACAGCAGCUAAAAAAGGUGGAGGAAAUAAAAAAAGUCAAAGAGGUUUUGAAAGAAGAACCUGAGGAUUGGCAGAAUAACUUGGACAAUUGGAAAUCAUCGAGACGAAAACGGGUUGAGCACAUCAUCGAACGAGUGGUUGAAGUGAAAAAGCUCGAGCUCGAGGAACAUGACCGAACGAGACGAAAAUCGAAAACAUUUUCUGAAAUGAUGGAGGAACGAGGUGAACGCGGUCGAACUCGUCCGAAACUUCAAUCUCUGGCAUCAUACAACGAGGAUGAGGCGAAUGAUUUAAGCGACCUAGGCAUUGGAACAAGCAGUGCCAGUGGAAAGAGUAGUAUCUCUGAAGAUUGUGAAGUGCACAGUAUUGUGAGUGAACCUCCCGAAGUGGAGCACCUUUCCUCGUUUGAUAUUGAGUCCAAAUCUUGUCAGCCUUGUCAAGAUAACCAAGAUCGAAUAUCAUCAUCACUCGGUGGCUAUGAAACAUCGUCCACAGCUCCUAUAACAUCACCAGACCCAUAUGAAUAUACAUACGAAGGAGCAAUUGAAGAUUAUAAAAGCCGAGUUUCGAAAGCAUCGGCAGCUAGCAGCUAUAAAAAGUCAGAAAUUGAUAAAAAAUCAAACAAUUUAAUUGAUCACAACAAUGACAUAGAAUCACCACCUGUUCUAAAUACAGUGAAAAAAGAAGAUCUUCCCAAAAUUGACAUAUCCAAAAAGAGAGAACUUUUUGAAAAUCAAGAAGCAGCUAAAGUUACCUCCUCCAACAAUCAAAACCACGAACAAAUGGAAAAGAAACAACGUUUACCUACAGAAUUAACAAACGUUCGAUCGAUUAAAGAUCGCCUUUGUAGCUUAGAAAAGAAACCAAGUGAAUCCAAUACAGAGGAAUCAACAGCGGCGAACGCGACGACGACAGAAAUUUUACCUGGCGAAGUGUAUAGUAUCAAAGAACGCCUACAAUGUUUAAAACAACAUAAUUCCGCAAAUCCAAAGCCAAAUAUUAAUAAAGUCGUUGCUGAAGUGGUAGCUGUUCCGCCACUGAAAGAUCGACUCUCAAGUUUGCAAAAUGCCCUUACCAAAGAGGAAGUUAUCAAAAAACCUGUGGUCCUGGUAGAUGAGUAUCAAUUGGAGAUGCUUAAGAAUGAAGACAUGGCCCGAAGGCAGCUAGAAACAAGCAAAGAUGAAAGUAAUAAUAUCAUAGUUGAAAAGGCCCCAUCUGAUGAUAGUGGCAUUAAUACAACCGAUGAGAAAAUCGAUCAAGAACCAGUAACAACCGAAGACGAAGAAGAUGACGACGAUAUUACAGUAGCACCAAUGACAGCACCGAUUCCAAGUAAACAUAUGGAAAAGGUACCAUCAUCAGCUACUAGCAAUAAUGAAUUUCAAGGAGAAUUUGAUUCUAGUGUAAGUUCUUUACAGUUAAAAAAUGUAAACCCUCCAACCGUAGUUAGUUUGGUGGAUAAGCCAGUUGUUAUUAUUGAUGAUCAUAAUCAUAAUCAUGAUGAUGAUGAUGUUGUUGGUGGUAGCGGUGGUGUUGGUAAAACUUUGUUAAGUAGCAGUAAAGUUGUUAUCAAUUCUAAAAAUGAUAAUCAAGUUUGUGAAGUGAAUCAUGCACAAAAUUUAUUAAAAAUGUUUAAAUUGGCAUUUAAUGAUGAAGAUGAUGUUAUAAAAGAGAGUGUUAAGUCAGAUCAAGUAGAGGUUGAGCUUGAAACUUCGGGUUCUAGUUUAAUAUCGAAGCAAUCGUCUUUGAAUAGUCGCUUUGGUCCAACUUCGGCUCCUGAAUCCAACUUAAAUGUGGUAUUAAAUAUCGAUAACAGUCAAAGUAAAUCUUCUUCUUCAUCGAACUAUUCGCCAUCCCAUGACAACAAUGAAACUCCUUCGAAAUACAAAAAUUUAGUUUCCUCUAAAGUCCAACAACUAAACAAAAUUUCUUCUGAUUCUCAAAAAAUUGCUUCAGUUGCUGAUAAAUCUCAAAAGUCUUCUCCUAUACCUUUAAUAACUGAAUCUCCCUCCGAUGACAGCUCUGAAAGUCCAACGAAAUACAUAUCAGUUUCUGAAAAGAUUGAGCAGCUAAACAGUCUUUCUGCGGCAAAUCAAAUUAGUUCCCAACCAUCUGAGAAACCAAAAAUAAUCAAAAAACCAAUAGAAACUUCAUUGAAUGCUAAAAGUCAACUAUCUUCUUCAUCUCAACCAACUCGAACUCCAUCACCAUCGGCUGAUAAUUCACGUAAACAACCAAUCUAUGAAAAUGUUGACAUACCUCAACAAAGUGCAUACCGUGGCUUCAAAAAAGUUUCUAACUCAGAAAAUAACGGUCGAGUAGAGAUUUUCAAUUCUAAGAGUAUGCCCGAAAAGCCUAAAUCACCUGAAGUCUUACCAAAAUUGUCUGAAAUUCGUCCUUCGGACGUUGUUCAAUCACAAAAAUUUCAACAAUCUGCCUUAACUGAUUUUAUUAAGGAUCUUGAAACUAACUAUGAGCCCAUAGUUAUCGAAGAAAAACCAAUUGAUGGUAAAUUACCUUCAGUUAAAACCAAACCUGAAGAUAUUUCUAAACCCAAUGAAUCUCAAAAACCUCUUGAAACAAAACCAAUACCUUUGCCCCGAAAUCUUGUGAAAAAUACUUCCGAACCAAUGAGUCCACUUCCUUUAGACAGUUGUGUGGAUAUCCUUCAAUCAUUUUUGGCAGCCGAACGCUCUGUUGUCUCCUCCGAUGGAAACAAUUCGCAGCUUGUAAAAUCUGCCAAUGCAGUAAACUCUUAUCCUUCUGAUGGUUUUAUUCGGCAGGAAUCUGCUGUUGAAGUACCAUGCUCUAAAUUAGACGUCAAAGACCUACCUGACCCGAAUUUCAUUCGAACUCCUUGUAUCACAGUUGAUUGUGAAGAUAAAUUGAAACAAGAAUCUGUUAAACCUUCUCAGGCUUUAGUGCGUGAUAGUAUCUCAAGUGCUGGUGAUAGUUCGCCAUCCUCAGAUAUCACUGUUAUCUUUAAAGCAGCUCCAGAAUCCCCCACCCCCAAUAAAUCUUCAUUAAUGGAAAUAGCAAAUAGAAUGGGUUCCCCCAUAGCAGCCAGACGUGAUCCGCCGUUAGCACAAAAAAAGCCUGUUUGUGAAAAACCAUGUCUCAAAAUCGAUGUUAAAGAUUUGCCAGAUCCGAAUUUUGUUCGAACUGAAUGUAUUGAGGUAGAUAAGAGCGCUUGUUGUAGUGCUACAACACCAUUGACUCCGUCCACUCCUGGAUUGGCUCUUCAAAAGACCAAUGCAGAUAUCUUAAAGAAAACCUGCGAAGACAUAUCAACUUCUCCACCACUCAGUCCCGUUCUCGGUGCUCGAAAUUCUGAAAAACCCAACUUUAUGAUAGCUAGAGUAGAAGUUGUUGAAACUAAAAUUAAGGUGACCACAACCAAUGACGCAGAAGUACCACCUGCUGUGCCCACAACAGCACCUCCUCCUCUGCCAUCGGCAUCUCCAAAAAAUAAAACCAAAUCAACCCAAAAUUCGAAACCUAAAAAUAUUUUUGAAUUUCUAAAAAAAAACUUUCAAUCAAAACCAGAGGCUGCUGUCGCCCAAGCCGAUGAAUUCGAACCUAUUUCUGUAGACAACUCGAUGUUUUAUGUGCCCUCUGAUGUAAUUGUCACCCCUAAUAGCACAAGUAGCAGUCCAAAUAAAGACACUCGAUCACCAUCACCUAACCUAACCUCAAAUAAUAAUGGUGUUAAUAUUGAAAUAACUAAAAAAAUUACAAGUGAUGCUAUUGUAGAACAAACAGAUUCGGAUUUGAAUAUUACCGAUGAAAUUAAUGAAAUUCUUGAUGAAGAAAUUUCAAAGCUAGUUGUAGAAGAUGCUAAACUUUAGAUUCAAAAUACAUGUGAAAUUAGGAAACUUUUUAGUAGCGACGCGACGACACUCAGAAAACAAAAAUUUUAAAAACAUAUCAAAACUUAAAUUUAAAAAUUAUUAUAUUGCGUAAAGUUAGUCAUCCAUAAUUUAAAAUGUUUUUUGAUUUACAUAUUAUGUGCUUUUAAGAGUUUAUUGUUAUGUGUUUUACAAUUAAAUUAUUUUUAGAUACAUUAUUUAUUUUAUUUUUAAUUGUUAAUAUAUAACUAUAUAAAGUU